AUGUAUUGCGGCGGGGAUGAGCUCAAUGCGAUUGUCUGCGACUUUGGGAGCUACCGCGCCCGCAUGGGCUUCGCAGGCGAGGACGCGGCCCGGUACGUCGGUCCUCGCAGCGGGAUCUUGAAGGAUGACACGAACGGCGUCAUGACGACCGACGGCCACGUGGCCUCCAUGGCCAAGCUCGAGGCUGCGCUCGACGAAGGCUACGAGCGGCUCGCCGUCGAGUCGUCGGGGCAGCACCCGGUGCUAUGGAGCGAAAGCAGCCUUCACAACGUGUCCACGUCAUCCAACGAGAGCAAGAGCGACCGCGAGGCCCUCGCCGAGCUCUUCUUUGAAAAGUACGAUGCGCCCGCGUACUUUGUGUCCAAGGCGGCCGUGCUCACGUGCUUUGCGAACGGCCGAAGCACGGGCCUCGUCGUGGAGAUGGGCCAUGGCGCGACCUCGGUCGUGCCCGUCCUCGAAGGCUACGUCCAGGCGCACAACGUCGUUCGCCAGCCCGUCGGCGGCGCCGCCCUCAAUGCGUUUCUGCGCGCCCGCCUUGAGGACAAGCUGGCCAAGCUGCCGUCCGCCACAGCGCUCGCGUCGCUCCCGCUGCACGAUAUCAAGGAGACGGUCUGCCGUGUCUCGGAGACGCUCUUUGAUGAAAAAGCCAACGGGCAGAUCCCGCAGAUGCCGUACGAGCUCCCGGACGGCACCCAAGUCGCGUUCGGCACCGAGCGCUUCAGCGUCGCGGAGCGCUACUUUGCGUACGACACAGCCGCCGCGAGUCGGACGUCGCAUGCUGUGGACGCGUCGUCUGGCAUCUUUGUCCCGACCAUGAUCUGCGAAGGCGCGGCCAAGGGCGACGCCGACACGAAGAAGGAGCUGCUGCAAAACAUUGUUUUGACCGGCGGCUCGUCUUGCUUUGAGAACAUGCCGACGCGCCUCGAGCGCGAAGUGUCGGCCAUGGUCACGCCGUACAAGGUCAAGCUCAUCGCAGCCGCGCAUCCCGAGCGCAAGCUCGGCCCGUUCCUUGGCGGCUCCAUCCUCGGGUCGCUCGGCUCGUUCCACGAAAUGUGGAUCUCCAAGACCGAGUACGCCGAGCACGGCGCGUCGCUCGUGCAGAAGAAGUGCCCGUAA